GGUCAUGAGUUCCUACUUUGUAAAUCCUCUCUUUUCCAAGUACAAAGGCGGUGAAUCGCUGGAGCCAACUUACUACGACUGCAGAUUUCCACAAAGUGUUAGCAGGAGCCAUGCUCUGGUCUAUGGUCCGGGCACCACUGCUCCCACCUUCCAGCACCCUUCCCACCACGUCCAAGAGUUUUUCCACCACGGAACCUCCAGCAUCUCCAACUCUGGAUACCAGCAAAACCCAUGCGCCUUGGCGUGUCACGGAGACGCUUCUAAAUUCUAUGGAUAUGAAGCUCUACCGAGGCAAUCGCUUUAUGGUGCUCAGCAAGAGACGACUGUUGUACAAUAUCCUGACUGUAAAUCGUCUUCCAACAGUAACUCUAGCGAGGGACAAGGGCAUUUAAAUCAAAAUUCGUCUCCCAGUCUCAUGUUCCCAUGGAUGAGACCUCACGCUCCCGGAAGACGCAGCGGCAGACAAACUUACAGCCGGUACCAGACCCUGGAGUUAGAAAAGGAGUUCCUCUUCAACCCGUAUUUGACACGGAAGCGGCGGAUUGAGGUCUCUCACGCCCUGGGACUGACCGAGAGACAAGUGAAGAUCUGGUUCCAGAACCGGAGGAUGAAGUGGAAAAAAGAAAACAAUAAAGAUAAGCUGCCGGGGGCCAGGGACGAGGAGAAAACGGAAGAAGAAGGGAACGAAGAAGAGGAAAAAGAAGAGGAGGAAAAAGAAGAAAGCAAGGACUGAGUUCUCAGCCCCUUGAAGUCUCGUUUUAUGGCAGAUGAUAAAUCGAGAUGUUUACGACGGUCAUUUGCUUUUAUAGAGUAUAGAAUGGAGAGGCUCACACAGCAGUAACUACCUGUCAAACAGUUGUAGCCUUUUUUAUUGUCAUAGAAACUUCCCUUACUUCUUUUUUUACCCCCUUUUUUUCCCCCCCUCUCCUCCUUCUUUUUUAAUAGCUGCGUUUUUAGUUCAAUAAAUACACAGUCGGCUCGCCUGCGAGAGCAGGGGGGGAAAGAGAGAGGGGGAAAAAUAAUAAUUUAAAAAAAUAAGAUGAACCGAUCCAGCAAAGCCAAGCCAACCCAAAUCCCGCAGCCCUAAGCCAGGCUGGAAGCAAAUGUCACUGCUCGUCCCCUCCGCUCCCGCGGAGCUGCGGGAUUUGUAUUUAUUUAAACAGCUUUGACUUUGCUGCUUUUUUUUUCUUUCUUUCUUUCUUUCUUUCUUUUUUUUUUUUUUUUUCGGGUUUUUGCGUCUCUCCCGAGGUGGGGGCGGUGGUGGAGGGGGGAAAGUUCGUGUGGUGUCGGUGGGUGAUGGAGAUCCCCCCUUUCCCCCCUCGGAGGGGCCGUUCCUGCCACCCCAGGAGGGGCAGAAUUUACCUGGGAGCGCCCUCGAACGACCCCCCCCGCCCCCAAACCCUCCCAUUUCCAUGGGAUCGAGCCUUGGAUGUACCUUGACAGGCCAAAAUAGACCUUGACAGGCCAAAAUUUACCUCGAUAGGCCAAAAAAUAUCCCUUGAAAGGCCAAAAAAGUAUCCCUUGGAAGGCCAAAAUAUACCUUGAAAGGCUAAAAUAAUAUCCCUUGAUGGGCCAAAAUAUCCCUUGAUGGGCCAAAAUAUCCCUUGAUAGGCCAAAAAUCCGCCCCCCCGCCCUCCCCGGUUUCUCAAGGCGCUGUUUUUUCCCCCCUCGCCUGUGUGAGCACUCGAAAUUCUUCCUGUACUACCUAAAGGGAAAACCUGCAAUAAUUAUCGAACCUAUGAUCAGCAAGGGGCUUACACAUCCUGAAUUUCGCUCGGAGUUUAUUUAAGUGAGAGAGAGAGAGAGCGCGCUGUGUUUUUGCCCUGAUGCAAGCUACUAAGUAGCCAAAAUAAUAAUAAUAAUAAUAAUAAAAAUGAAAUAAUUAAAAAACAAA